ACUCUCCUCAGCACUGAGAGCAGAGGGAUGACAGCAGCAGGUCCCUUGCCUCACUGAGCCCUUUUGGGGGUCUGACUAACAGCCCCCUCCCUUUGCACCAAGUCCUUUUUGGGGGCGAGGAGAGCGUCGGACGCCUGGGACCCCAAUAAAAGGUCUCAGGUUCCGGGAGAGAGAGCAGAACAGAGCCGCUUCUGGAGAACAACAGCCCACAAGCAAGAAGACCCUCGAAGCAUCCCAAGGCGAAGAUGCUGUGCCGACUGCACCUGGCGGCCCCCCGGAGCCCCCUGCUCAGCCGGGCUCUGUGGCCCCCCACCCACUCGCUCUUCGAGGACCUGGAACGGGAGAUGGAUUCGCUGUGGGAGCUGCUGGGCAACUGCAGCAACUGGCCGCUCCGGGGCCACGAGGAAGCGUCCCGGGGGCCGGAAGAGGCUCCGUUUGCGGUGACCCAAGACAUGGCCGGCUUUGACCCCCGGGAGCUGGUGGUCAAGCUGGUGGGCCAGAAGCUGGUGCUGACCGGCAGGAAGGCCACGCAGACCCCCGGAGGACCUUUCCGCUACGAGCUCUUCCGCCGCGAGUGGGACGUCCCGGGCAGCGUGGACCGCCAGCAGCUCAGCUGCUCCAUCUCCCGAGAGGGCCAGCUGCGCAUCGAGGCUGCCGGGCCGCCCGCCAGGACAGUGCCCAUCGAGGUCAGCCGGGCGCCGGGCAGCGGCCAGGAAGCCGCCUCCGCCACGGAAGGCCGCCGGACCAAAGGCUGAGGGGAAAGCGAGGCGCAGCAGAGA